UGGUGUGAGUGUAUCGUGUGUGACCUCAGCAAAAAAUUGAUCAUGACUUCAGAAAAAUACCCCAUCGUUCAAAGCAACGGUCAAAGAAUCUAUAAGCCGGCAUCAAGCGUAUUGGCGCCUCCACCAAAAGGCAGCGAAAUCUUCGUGGGUAACAUCCCACGCGACCUCUUCGAAGACGAGCUCAUCCCUCUCUUCUCCCAAGUCGCCCCCAUUUACAAGCUCCGACUUAUGAUGGACUUCUCCGGGAACACCAGAGGCUUCGCUUUUGUUACUUACUACACCGUGCGGGACGCUCAACGGGCAAUUUUGAAAUUCAAUAAAUAUUGCAUCAACAGCAACACGCGCAAUUCUCAAUUAACGGUUCAUCUCUCACUCGAUAACUGCCGCCUCUUUUUCGGAAAUGUGCCAAAAGACAAAACUAAGGAAGCCAUAGAGAAUGAAUUAAAGAAAGUUGUCGAUGGAAUUGUUAAGGUGAUUAUUUAUCCAGAAAGACAAAACCACAAUUUUAAUCGAGGAUUCGCUUUCGUGGAGUUUGAGUCCCAUGCUACAGCCGCCAUUGCAAGAAGAAAGCUGUUGGCUGAUGGGGUGAUUAGUCCAUGGGGAAAGUACAGGAGGCUUUACGUUGAUUGGGCAGAACCCGAACCCAUGGUCGACCCAGAGAUUAUGAUGCAGGUGAAGAUUUUGUACAUGAAAAACGUACCCAACUUUUGGACGUUAGAACGCUUGAAAAAUUAUAUCUCAAAAAUUAUCGGAAACAUCUUUGUCGUCAGAAUUUACAAAAAGGAUAACUAUGCCUUCAUCCAUUUUGAUGAUAGGUCUUCAGCUGAAAAAGCUUUGAGAACUUUUAAAUCGCUCUACGAUUAUCUGGGGCGCAACGAAAAGCAAAUAGAAGUGGAGUGGGCUCGACCCUCCACCUACAGCAAGAAAAAUAGAAUAAAUGAGGUUCCCGAUAAUUUCUGCACCUCCGUGCCUCCCAGGUUGCGUAAACUCGUUCGGAUAUGUAAGAGAGAGAAUAAAUUGUGCUCAAGUGAUUCUAGUUCCAGCAGCGACAGCGAUAUUUUUAUGCAUGCCGAUUUAAUUGAAACUGAAAAUUUACUAGCAGCUCAUCUGGCACAACUCGCCAUUCACCCUACAUUUUAACCACUAUGAUUAUUUAUUUCUAUUACUAUUUUUAUUUUAAUCUUUUUUUAUUUAAAACUACAUAGUUGUAAGCAAAUUUCUUUUUAAAGUAUUUUAAUUUUAAUCUAGUUUAUACUCGCAAUGAAUAGACAUAAGUCUAUAAAUGUAACUAUUAAAUUGUGUUUUAUCUAGCUGUUUGCUGUUUUAGGUAGUUUUUAAUGAACAUAAUUGUACUCGUAAACUGUACUUAUUGUCGGAAAUAAUUAAUUCAAAGUUAAGGUAAAAAAUAUGCAUUGUAAUUUUAUCUUUUAAACCUAUAGAUAGCAUUAGUAUGUAUUUUAACCGCUUUGUAAGCAAUUUUGUUUAUUCCUAGGUUGAUAUAAGUAUUUUACUUGUAGGCACUUAAUUAAUUGUAAUUUAAAUUUAUUUGUA